GGUCUGGGGCGUCUAUGACGUCAGAAACCCGGAUGUGGCUUCUCUUGGGAGGCGAAGUACCAUAGAGGAGGAAAAACAGCGCUAGGUGGGGGAGGCCCUGAGCUCCCCGCCGGCAGGUAGGAGCCCAACUGGGUGGUGCUCACGCACUUCUCUGUCGCCCGGGGACGGGCACCUGGGGGCGGCCCCGCAGGCGGGGGCCCGGGAGCGUCUGCUCUGCCCAGAGCCCUCCCGCCCCGCUCUAAGGCCCUGCCCAGGCCCUUUCUCCUUCCCCGCCCCGCUUGUCCCCGCAGCGCGUGGUGGGGCCGGGCCGGGCCGCGCUCGGCGGGUGGCAUGGCAGCCGAGGUGAAGGUGACGGGGCAGAGCCAGGAGCAGCUCCUGUUGCUGGCCCGGUCGGCUCGCGGGGCGGCCCUGGUCAGCCUCAUCCACCAGGUGCUGGAGGCGCCCGGCAUCUACGUCUUCGGGGAGCUGCUGGAUCUGCCCAACGUCCGAGAGCUGGCUGAGAAUGAGUUCUCCUCCGUCUUCCGUCUGCUCACCCUCUUCGCAUACGGGACAUAUGCUGAUUAUUUAUCUGAAGCUGGGAACCUCCCUCCAUUGAGCGAGGCUCAGAAGAACAAGCUGAGGCACCUGUCAGUGGUCACUCUGGCUGCCAAGAUCAAGUGCAUCCCCUAUGCAGUGCUGCUGGAACAGUUGCAGCUGAAGAAUGUGCGGCAGCUGGAAGACCUAGUGAUUGAGGCUGUGUAUGCAGACGUGCUGCGUGGGAGCCUGGACCAGCGUAAUCAGCGUCUUGAGGUCGAUUACAGUAUCGGGCGAGACAUCCGCAGGGAGGAGCUAAGCACCAUCACCCGCACAUUGCAGGAGUGGUGCCUAGGCUGUGAGGUUGUCCUGUCGGGGAUUGAGGAGCAGGUUAGCCGAGCCAACCAACAUAAAGAGCAACAGCUGGGCCUAAAGCAGCAGAUAGAGAGUGAGGUGGCAAAUCUGAAGAAGACAAUUAAAGUGACGACAGCAGCAGCUGCAGCAGCCACAUCUCAGGAUCCAGAGCAGCAUCUGACAGAGCUCAGGGAGCCAGCUCCUGGCACCAACCAGCGCCAGACCAGCAAGAAAGCUUCUAAAGCCAAAGGGCUUAGUGCCAGUGGAGCCCUGCACCCCAGUCAUCCGGAGUGAAUCUCUGAGAUCCUCGAUUUGAGGCAAUACACCUCCUUUGUGGUGGCAUCCAUCCCCAUCUGAGAAUCACAGCCACUUCUUCUCAUGUGCCUUGGGCGAGGAUGUGGGGGUGAGUCUAUGGGCCUCUUGCUCCAUUCUGAGACUUUGUUUCUUUCUCUGCAGGCUCCGGGGCAGCGCAAAGAUCUGGUCUAAAUCAAACUAGCUGGAUCUCUGAACUCCUGGGAGGGUGAGAGGGAGAAAGCAGGGUUAAAAAGCAGGUGUCCCUGAGAGUGACACUUCUCUACUCAUCCCCAGCAUCUGUCUGUCCAACUAGUUCUUCUGCACGUUCGUUCUUUCCCAUCUGCUCUAUGCUUCCCUCUCUCCUCCAUCCCCUAGCAAUCUCUCCCAUUCCUCUGUUGCCAUCUCUUACCACCUCAGCUCUUCUGUUCCACGUCUCUCUUUCCCUGUCCUUUGACAGGUAAAUUUAAAGAGCCAUAGGACUAACUCCGUUUCAGUCACUUUAGCACCAGAAUAUCAUGGAAGCCUGGAAGGAACUUGUACUGGUGCUCAGCAGCCAUUUUGGCUCUGUGGGAUCCUGGAACAAUUUUGCUCCAGAGUGUAGCUGCCAUCUUGAUUUUUGUUCUUUGUUUUGCUGGGUGGGGAUGGGUGGUUUUUGUGGGGGAUUGUUUAAAGAAAUAUAUAUAUAUAUAUAUAUAUCUACAUAUAUAUUAAAAAAAAUAAAUAAAAGGUAGAUCUGUGCACAUAUCUAUAUAAACUUUCCCUCCUGA